UGUUAUAACAUUGAAUGAUAAGGCAUUACCUGUGAGCAAAGUCCCUUCGUCUUCCAUCCAUUCUGAGGGGAGCAGACAACAGCACAGGGCAUCAUGAGCGUGGAAAAGAAGGCACGAGAGCCAUGUUGCUCCAAAUUAAAGAUGUUUCUGUUUGCCAUGUCCUGUGUGUUCUUUGCCAAAGCCUUUCAGGGAAGCUACAUGAAGAGUUCCAUCACACAGAUCGAGAGACGCUUUGACAUUCCCAGCUCUCUGAUAGGGGUCAUUGAUGGAAGUUUUGAAAUUGGUAAUCUGCUUGUAAUAGCGUUUGUCAGUUACUUUGGUGCUAGGCUUCACAGACCUCGGCUAAUAGGAAUUGGAUGUUUAAUCAUGGCUGUAGGAUCCUUUAUAACGGCCAUGCCACAUUUCUUCCAAGGACCGUAUAAAUAUGAGACAACACUUUCACAUUCCAUCAACCCCAAUGGGACAGAGAGUGCCCUACCUUGCUUAGCCAAUGGCAGUCUUCCACAAGAUGAUGAAGCUUCCAGAGCAGAUAAACAAGCAGAGUGUGAGAAAGCUGCCGGCUCAUCCUUAUGGAUCUAUGUCUUUCUCGGGAACAUGCUUCGUGGUAUCGGAGAGACCCCUGUCAUGCCUCUUGGGUUGUCCUACCUAGAUGACUUUUCAAAAGAGGAAAACACUGCCUUUUACUUGGCUUGCAUACAGACUGUGGGAAUUAUGGGGCCCGUGUUUGGAUUUAUGCUGGGUUCAUUCUGUGCCAAGCUUUAUGUGGACAUAGGAGCCAUUGAUUCAGAUACCAUCACCAUCAACUAUAAGGACUCCCGUUGGGUUGGCGCCUGGUGGCUGGGGUUUAUAAUAACUGGCGUGGUGAUGUUACUAGCUGGAAUUCCCUUCUGGUUCCUUCCCAAGUCUCUUCCAAAGCAAGGUAAGAGUGAAGCUGAGAAGAAAUCAAACGCCCAGGAGGGUGAGCAGGACACUUUCAUUCCCGACAACAACAAACAGAGCUCCAAACCAGUGGAGGUCUCAAUGCGCGAUAUGGCUAAAGAAUUCCUGCCAUCAUUGAAGCAACUCUUCAGCAGCUCAAUUUAUAUCCUCCUCAUAUGCACCUCUUUUGUGCAAAUAAAUGGUUUUAUAGGAAUGAUCACAUUUAAGCCAAAAUUCAUGGAGCAAAUCUACGGCCAAUCAGCAUCAAGAGCCAUCUUUUUGAUAGGCAUUAUGAAUCUACCGGCUGUUGCCUUGGGAAUUAUCACAGGAGGGAUUGUAAUGAAGAGGUUCAAGAUAAAUGUUCUUGGUGCGGCGAAAAUGGCCAUUGUUGCCUCUCUUUGUGCUUUUUGUUGUAUGCUUGUACAAUAUUUCCUGCAAUGUGAUAAUUCGCAAGUGGCUGGACUGACUGUGUCUUAUCAGGGGACUCCACAGGUUUCAUACCAGCAGAAUACUCUGAUCUCUCAGUGUAACACCGGUUGCUCUUGCUCUCUCAAGCAUUGGGAUCCCAUUUGCGCCUCCAAUGGCAUGACCUAUGCCUCUCCCUGCCUUGCUGGCUGCCAGACCUCCACUGGGUUUGGCAAGGACAUGGUUUUCCACAACUGCACCUGUGUUGGAGAUUCGCCUCUUACCCAUGCAAACAUGUCGGCAGUGCUGGGGCAAUGCCCUCGCAAGGCAGACUGUGACUUCAUGUUUAAAAUCUACAUGGCGGUAACAGUUGUAGGCGCCUUCGUCUCUGCUUGUGGGGCCACACCGAGUUACAUUAUUCUGCUCAGAUCAAUUAAACCAGAGCUGAAGUCUUUGGCCCUUGGUAUACAGACUUUGACUGUUCGGACUUUGGGUGGGAUCCCUCCACCCAUUUAUUUCGGAGCCCUAAUUGACAGGACGUGUCUUAAAUGGGGCUCAAAGCGAUGUGGAGGUCUAGGGGCAUGUCGCAUUUACGACUCGGUUGCCUUCAGAAAUACUUUUCUGGGUCUUAUUUAUGGCCUUUACAUUUUGUCCUACCUGUUUUGGGGGGUCCUGUACAACAGACUGUCUCAUCGUCAAAAGAAACUUGAUCUUAAGAACCAAUUAAACCAGGAUGACACUGCUAGAGCCACCAAUGGUAGUGGAAAGGCCCCAUCAGCCAUCAUCAAAUGCAAUGAAAAUCCUGACCAGGAGACAACUAUCUGAAUAUAGAAAAUCUCUGCACAGACAAAGUCAAAUUGUUUGUUUAUUAUUAUACAUUUAAGAUGAUAGACGUGGUAGAAGUAUUAGAUGCAGGUUGCCGGGUUAAACGUCUUCACUAUGUUGUGCUAGUUUAAGACAUUUCACGUUUUACAAGUAUCAUAUCAAAACCAAGUAUACAAGUAAAACAGUAAGUAUUUAAAUGGAGAAAAAACACAUACAUUGUAUGCAAUGUUUGUAGUUAAAGAAGACAUGUCCUCAUUUGUUUAAUGUAGUUCCUCCGACCAUUGUUACAUAGAAUCACUCUUAUAGUGUCAUAUCAUUGUAAAGUUCUCAUAUCAUGUAAAAAAAGAGGUGGAUUUUUGUUGUUUUCUUGCACUUAUGUUUUUCUAAAUUCAAAACACUAAAUAAAACAAAAGCACAACCAAAACAGACAACCAAUUCUAAAAUCAUAAUUCAAAAAACAGAUCCUCAUAGGAUGUGGACACUUGGAUCCAUGUGUUCUAUGUUUCAUGGCCCAAGGAAAGAAAUACAUCAUUCAAGGCAUUUAAAGGAUCACAUUUUGUGUGUGCGUGUGUGUGUUUUUUGUUUGUUCGUGGUCAUGCAGCAAAUGCAGGACUAUAGUUUUAUUUUGUGUUCUCCGUUUGGGUCCAGUAAAGGUGCAUUGGAAAGUAUUGUUACAAUCUUUACUGUGUUCAUAGCCAUGAUUUUUUGACCUCUCAAACAUCUGUAAAAUAUGUGUGGAUGUUAUAUAUCAAAUUGAACCGGAGAACCUGUUAAUAAAAUCAGUUAUGAAAUGCAAAGCAAAUGUUAACAUGACGUUUAAUCAAAUAAUAAGCUAGGUUUGUCUUCUGUUCUGUAAAUGUUCGUUUUUUACACAGAGACGCACAACUUUUACUGUCACCCCAAGAUAAUGGUGGGAAUGUAUCAUAGUGAUUACAAUUCACACCUGUACCUUCUAAAUGUAUCAAAAUAAUGUUUGCCUUGCAACUAACCUCACUUAUCCUCCCGAUAGAUUCUGGUUACAUAUAUCUGUCUGCUUUAUCUUAUUUGUAUACAUUGCAGCGGUUUGUAAUUCUCUGUGUCGAAUAAAGUCUCACGUCCAUGGAAGUAAA